GAUGAGCGCUGUGUAGAUAAUGUUUCUCUAUGUAGCCUGUGAUGAUCUAAAGCAAAGCAAUACAGAGCCUUCUCUAAAAGCCAUAAAGCAGUCCGCAAAUGUGAUGCACGGAUUUGCACAAUCAAAGCGACAUCGCUCUUAUAUUGAGUGGAUGUUAUAUUUCAACUCUCCGUGAACGGAUGUUGUGUUCGUUUCUUGGUCGUUCCUGCUGGAGCUGCACCGGGCCUUUGCUAUGCAGUAAUGGAGCAGCUAUUAUUUCUUAUAAUUUUCUACUUGCUUCCUACUCCCAUCUCGUCCAUACAUAAUUCAACGACCGGAGGAUGUGCAAUCAUUCGUCCCCCCAGAGACGGAGGGAUUCGCUACAGAGGACUGACUCAGGAACAGAUCCGCAGUGUGCAGAUCUUGCCAGUAGACUAUGAGAUAGAAUAUAUCUGUAGAGGUAGCAGAGUUAUUGUGGGGCCCAAGGUCCAAAAGUGCCUCCCCAAUGGCACCUGGACUGACAUGAACCAGCUCAGCAGAUGCUUAUUGGUUUGCUCGCGUUCUUGGAUGUCUCUGGAGAACGGGAGGUUGGCGCUGCAGCCCCCUGGACAACCAGUAGAGGGCACAGUUCUUCACUACAGCUGUCAUGCUGGCUUCCUAUUGGAGGGUUUCAGUAUCUCACACUGUACCAAGCUGGGCAAAUGGGACUCUCCUAAACCACUCUGUGUCUAUGACAGUAAUUAUACAGGUAAGAAGAAACUGUACAUCGGAGCUCUGUUUCCCAUGAGUGGAGGAUGGCCCGGUGGUCAAGCGUGUCUCCCCGCAGCCCAGAUGGCUUUAGAUCUCGUGAACAACCGGACCGACAUUCUGCCGGACUACGAGCUGGAGCUCAUUCAUUACGACAGUAUGUGUGAUCCAGGAGAGGCCACUAAACUGCUGUAUGACUUGCUGUACACAGAGCCCAUAAAGAUUGUGUUGAUGCCGGGCUGCAGCUCCGUGUCUACGCUGGUGGCCGAGGCGGCACGCAUGUGGAACCUUAUAGUGUUUUCAUACGGCUCCAGUUCUCCAGCUUUAUCCAACCGCCAGCGCUUUCCCACUUUCUUCCGUACGCACCCGUCAGCAACUCUGCAUAAUCCCACACGUGUGCGACUCUUCCAGAAGUGGGGAUGGACAAAGAUUGCCACCAUCCAACAGACCACUGAAGUUUUUACCUCAACUUUGGAUGAUCUGGAGGAGCGUGUGAAGGAGGCCGGCAUUGAGAUAAGCGUUAGACAGAGCUUCCUCACGGAUCCCGCAGUGGCUGUCAAAAACUUGAAGCGUCAAGAUGCUAGAAUCAUAGUCGGCCUCUUUUACGAGACUGAAGCCAGAAAGGUGUUUUGUGAGGUCUUCAAAGAGAAACUCUAUGGUAAGAAGUACGUAUGGUUCCUCAUCGGCUGGUAUGCAGACAACUGGUUUAAGAUCAAAGAUCCAGCCAUCAAUUGCACAGUGGAGAACAUGACGGAAGCUGUGGAAGGGCACGUCACCACUGAAAUCGUAAUGCUAAACCCGGAGACCGUCCGCGGUGCCUCCAACCUGACCUCCCAAGAGUUCCUGGCCCAGCUGAUGUCACGUCUUGGGGGGAAGAACCCAGAAGAAACGGGUGGAUUUCAGGAAGCUCCGCUGGCGUAUGAUGCUGUAUGGGCUCUUGCACUGGCCCUCAAUAAAACGGUGGCCCCCCUGAGGGCCAAAGGCUGGACAUUAGAGGACUUCAACUACAACAACAAGGAAAUCACUGCUGAGAUUUACCGAGCCCUCAACACCAGCUCAUUUGAAGGAGUGUCUGGUCAUGUCGUGUUUGAUGCUCAAGGUUCACGUAUGGCUUGGACUCUCAUUGAGCAACUGCAAGGUGGGAGCUACAAGAAGAUUGGAUACUAUGACAGCACAAAAGGCAACCUGUCCUGGUACGGAAAUGACAAAUGGAUUGGCCUUGGGCCUCCGGCAGACCAGACCAAGGUGAUCGAGGAGUUUCGUUACCUUUCCCAGAAGCUCUUUGUAUCCGUGUCUGUCUUUGCCGGGCUGGGGAUCCUUCUGGGAAUAGUCUGCCUCUCCUUCAACAUAUACAACAGUAGCAUCAGAUACAUUCAGAACUCUCAGCCCUAUCUGAACAACAUGACGGCGGUGGGUUGUGUGCUGGCAUUAGCAGCUGUCUUUCCUCUGGGCAUCGAUGGCCUCCAUGUCCAUAGAUCACAGUUCCCUGUGGUCUGCCAGUUUCGCCUGUGGCUGCUAGGACUGGGCUUCAGUUUAGCCUAUGGCAGCAUGUUCACCAAGAUCUGGUGGGUUCACACCGUCUUCACCAAGAAAGAUGAGAAAAAAGAGAAGAGGAAGCACUUGGAGCCGUGGAAGCUAUAUGCGACCGUUGCAGUUCUUCUGGCUAUUGAUGUUCUCUCUCUGCUUAUCUGGCAGAUCGUGGACCCUCUGCACAUAACUGUGGAGAAGUUCACUAAAGAGGCUCCUAAAGAAGAUCUGGAUGUGUUGAUUCAGCCUCUUCUCGAGCACUGCAGUUCAGAGAAGAUGAACACGUGGCUUGGUGUGGUGUACGGCUACAAGGGACUUCUGCUGCUGCUGGGAAUCUUUCUGGCCUACGAGACCAAGUCCAUUUCCACAGAGAAGAUAAAUGACCAUAGAGCGGUUGGCAUGGCCAUCUACAAUGUAGCUAUACGGCGUUUGAUCACUCGUGGCGAGUGGCAGUCGGAACAGCAGGACACGCUGAAAACCGGCUCGUCCAACAACAACGAUGAGGAGAAGUCAAGACAGCUGGAGCGCGAGAACAGGGAACUCCAGAAGAUCAUUCAAGAGAAGGAAGAAAGAGUGACGGAGCUGCGGAAUCAGCUUGCAGAACGUCAGGCCUUGCGUUCUCGCAGACGCCCAUCCGUCCAGAAUCAGAACAGCGUCUCGUCGUCUCGGGCUGAGCCCCCCAGCUACUCCCCCACAACAGACAAACAGUCCCUGCCUGCGUCCUUCUCCAAUUCUUCCAACCUGUACCAGGACGAGGGCAAACUGAGCCGAAACAACUGCCACAACAGCCGUCUACCCCUGCUGUACAAAUGAGUCCGGGAUGGUGGAAUCUCAAGAAGGCAAUUAGCAAGGCCAAACUGCUGUCCGAAUGCUAUAGAGAUUCUGGUUGAAGCAGGAGUGAAGACGAGCUGAGUUACUUAAAUCAGGUUUGUGCUCUGCCGUUAUUGUGCCCUUGCCCUUGACUUAAAUCGGAGUUCUUCAAGGGGAACUGACUGUUUUUGCAAUUGGACCUCAGUAAAUCCCUUCGGAUAAAGCGUCUUUUAAACACUAGAGAACAGGGGUGUUAAGGAAGGAUUGUGUGGGUGCUGGAGCCAGACCCGGUCAAACAUUUCUUUGAAUUAUUUUGUUGAGUGACAGCGAAGGAAGAAGAGCGUGUCUCUGUGCUUCGCUUAGUAUUUGACGAGACUGUCACUUUAACGAGACAGACCUUGCAAUGCACCAACAGACGGUAUCCGAUGAAUCGUUCUCUCUCUCUCAUCCAGUUCACAAAGGAAAUGAGACAAGGUUUUAGCUGAACCUGUGAUUUACUUACUCCUGAAGGUGUUUGACCCGAGUCUGGUCGAUACUCUUAUUUUCCUCGUAUGCUUUCUCUCCUUUAAUCUCUACGGCCGUGUGCCAGGGUGCUUUAAUGGCUGUUCUUGUCCUUGUCUCACCCUCUCUGACAGUUUUUUACAACCGUAGUAUUAGAAGUGAAGUGGAGUGAAAUGGAAAAGAAUGAAAGAAGAGUCUGUUUUAGUUUGGACUGUAUUAGCAUCCCUCUUAUUAGCAUACAGUCGCGAUGCCAGAUACUUUUCAUGAGAUCAUCGCUUAUGGCUUAUUUGUUUGUCAAAUCAUCUGUGAUGUUUGUGAUUUGUGUUGCGUCACAGUUUGAGUAAAAAAAAAAACGAGCACAGGCCUCUACACAGCUUCUGUAGCUUUUGCACUUUUGGGCCAAAACAAACACACAUCUCACAUUAUACAGCAUUGUAAGAUUGAAUCAUUUGUAUUAUUGUUUUUUUUUUUUUUUUGGUGAGCACUCUGUCCAAAUUAUAGAUUUCUUUUGACAAAUUCAAGACCAUUACUUGGUCUGUGCAACAUCCAUCCAUCCAUCCAUCCAAAUUUAUUAUUAUAAAUAUCUCUAAA